ACCCCCUCCCCUCCGUGCUGGCAGCUCAGCACUUUUUCUCUAACUGAAGUGUGACACGCAGAAAGGAGUGCAAGUCUCAGGUCGCAAGUGUGCGCGGGCGGGGUGGUGGGGAGCCAGACGCCAAGGGCUCUGCGCGGGUUCCUGCUCUAUGCCUGACGGUUUUGUGCCUUAGACGUUGGCCCUUGGGCAAUUUGUGGAGCGUGCUGCGCGGACGCGCUGGGGCUGCCCCCGGGUCUGGUUGGAGGACCCCAUGGGCAGGCGCCCACCCCAUCCCAGACUGGUUUGAUGGGCACACUGCAGCCCGGACAACUCAGGCCGGGCUGGGGGCAGCGCUGUCACGGUUGGCUUUGGUGCAGCCAGUUUUCUGAGAAGGGUGGGGGUGAUCCCAAAGGAGCUCUGCGUCAGCUGGGCAUUGCUGGUCAUCUUGGACACUCACAGCACCCAAUUCUAAGAAGCCACAGUGACCACAUUCACCCCCAGAGGGCUCCUGCCAAAGGGUGGGGAGUGGAUGGAAAGACUGAGCCUGGCUCCCGAGGUCUGGGCACUGCCCACCUCUUGGGGAGUUUUCAGCUCCCUCAGCGCAGAACCCCCCUGCCUUUGAGGAGGACAAGCUGAUUGGGGCCGAGGGCGGAUGGAGCUCUGGGGGAGGGUUGUCCUCGGGAAUGCUGGCGCCAGCACAGAGCUGGCCUGCAGUCCCCGAUGCUGACGCCUCUGCUGGGGCUGCCCUCUCCCCUGCCACAGUAAUUAUGCUCCCUGCUUGUAGCUCUGCUGGUGAAUCAACACUCAGCGCGAGACCUUGGGGUGUCCUGCUCCAGCAGAUCAAAAACAAACUCAGUUCUUGUCCUGUGAGCCUGAGCUUUAGGGAAAUCGACCGCCUUUCCAGGUUUCAGAGGGCUGUGCCUUCAAGGACCCCUUCCCGGGAGCUCAGGGGCAGGCCAGGGCCUCUCAACCCAGGUGCAGUAGCUGAGGUCUCCCCAAGUGCCUGCACAUCCUCCUCUCUGCCUGGAGAAGCAGGGAUGCCACUGUACUCCUCCCCAUGACUGUCCUGGGCCCUCUCCUGAAGGCAGAGCAGGCUGGACAGAGUGCAGUGGGCAGCUGACCUGGCUCUGGGAGCUUGGGUGUGAGCUGCAGCACAGAGAAAGCUCCUUGCCUUGGAGUCUGGUGUCACUGAUUAGUACCCCUCUACCCCAGCUGACUCACCGCCAGGAGCUGCUUUGUUGCUAACUCCACAGCUUUAUGAUUUUACAAGCUGCUCUAAAGACAGCCCUGGGUGGAGGGAGCAGAGAUAUGCCAGAUUCCAACCCUGAUAGGAAGGGAGUUGCUGUCUGACACUGGCCACUCAUAUUCAAGGCACUAAUGCUUGAAGGUGUUUCCAAGCAGUCACGCUGGAGAUUUUGCAAUGCCUGUGCCUGUGGAAGGGCAGGACCAGCGCCCCAUCUUUAUGAGCCAGGGCCAUAAAAAUGGACCCUGAACUUUCCCACUGCCAUCAAGCAGGGGACAUGGCAGGUGCGUGCAGUCACACCUGCAUUGCCUCCUAUAAGGUGAGGAAAUGAAAGGCAGAACUUGUCAGCAGAGCCUUUGGGUUUCACCCUGGAUCGGAAGCUCCUUCUGACUUCAGUAAUCCAGAGGCCCUCAUCUUGUCCUGGUGGCUCUGGGCUCUCCUGGCUGUGGGUGUGAGUGGUGUGUGAGCUGGCCCCAUGCUGGUGAGGAUCCCAUCCCAUCCUCAAACCAACCCAGGAUUUACCCUCCCUUCCCUGAAAGCAUGCGGGCUUGACUACCUGGGUAGUGAUGGUUACUGACUCUUUUUAAAGUGUUAAUUCAGUUUAAUUAAUCCGUGAUCAAAUCAGCCUUUCAGUUCUGUGAAGUAGACUAAGAACCACAGUUUGCUCUGCAUCCUGCAGCUUCGUCAUAGCAAUGCUCGUUGGUGCGUCAUCUGCAUCUUGUGAAGUUGAUAAAAUAUGAUCAGCAGUAAUCAGUAGAGAUAUGUUCUGUUUCCAGUUUUAGAAACUUCGCAUAAAUAGGUAUGUUUUCAGGUUUGCUGUGGUGCUGGGUAUCGGAGGUGAGAGAUUUGGGUACCAGCUAUUCUGGUAGGAACCAGUACAGCCCAGGCUUUGACUUACCAAAGACCUGUGAGUCUCAGACUGAGGGCCCUUGGUUUUCUUUUUCUCAGUGGUACCUUAACGGGGGUCUCGCGCCUCACAUGGUAUACAUUUUAGCAUGAAUGCUCCUGUGCCGAGUGCCUAGUUGGAUUCCUGUUGACCCUGAUGUUUUAGGAAGUGAGAUGUACAGCCACUGGUCCUGCACUGCUGAGGACAUGAGCAGGCAGCUCAUUUCUCGGAGGUCCCCCUGCGUUUUGCUUCCUUUUGGAGGACACACGUGACUGCAGCUGGAGGCUGAGAUGGUGGCUUCCUCAGCCUGGGGUCCAGGGUCAGCCACCUACACCUGGCUCCAGUUGUGGGUUGAGAGAGGGCUGCUCCAUUCCCAUCCCUUCCAGGUGAAUGCAGUGCUGUCAGACGUGUGUGAGCAUCUGGUGUGGGUUCCUACCCUCCGACCCUCUGAGGGGGAAGCAAAAGCUCAGAAUGGAUGUCGAUGUUGGAGAGAGAGGGUUGACGAUCCUGCCUGUUGGGACAAGAGUCAGGUGCCCCUGGAUGGGAGGGGGACAGGGCAAUCAGGUUUUGGAUGUCGAGGGACAGAGCUGAUUACAGGCAUGUGUGGCAGCCACUCACCAUUUAGUUUAAUUUUCACCCAGCACUAUAAUUAUGCCUGUCCCUCCUAGGUGUCAGGUGAGCUUGUGUGAGUUUUACUGCCUGUAAUUUGUAAGUUUGUUCUGCGUGUGCAGCGCUGCCAACAUCUGCGGCCGGGCUGGCUGCUCGUGACCCGGGGCCUUGUGGGGGUGGGGAGCAGGUCAAGGGGGUUCGCCCUCUGUACUUCCCUGUGAUGUGGUCUGUGGGGCCACUGAACAGCCAGCCUGCAGGCAGCAUCAUCUCAGGAGUGAGGUUUCGGGGGCCCGGAAUGUGAGUCACCAGCAAUGAAUGUGAACCAUAUGGUAAACAUUUUCUCCUCUGCAGAAAGUUUCUGGUAACUCGCUCAGGCCGGGGCUCUGGAUAGAGUGUUGCUUAUUUCACAUAAAAAUCCUGAGAAUGUGAGUGAACCUGAGAUCUGAUCAGAACCCAAUUUCAUGUAAUAAAACACUUAGCUGAAGUCACCAGUUUGCUUCCAGGCCCACUUGUGGUUAUGACGUAACUGUUAGCAACAGGCUGGCAUUUACAUUAAAGUUUGAGCAGCACAAACUUCUAAUGGUUUUGGUUGUUUCCAUUUCUUGAAAACAACUGUCUUUUUCAGGACCUGCCUCACCAGGAGUGAGCAAAGUGUGAAUCAGCACACACUAUGCGUUUUUUUUUUUUCCUAUUCAGAGCUUAGGAGGAGCAAGAUCACCCUCUUACUUAAGAGGUUCCCUUUGGUCCUUGUCCCCGGUGUCCCCCACCCCAGGGGGGAUGUAUCCUAUGUUCUUGUAGAGAUCUUGCUUUAAUGAUAUUUGAGUUUAUUUUUAAGAAUGCAGUCAGCAGUGCAGGGACUUCAGGCUUGUUAAUGACUGAAAAAAUGGUCAAAUCAUCAUCUUCAGGGAAAUACAGAUAUCCUGCCUGACGUACCACUGAGUGAGCGGGCUGACACACGAGGCACGCCGGAAGGAAGUGGAGCAGGUGUACCUGCGCUGCUCAGCCGGCUCCGUGGAGUGGAUGUACCCAACGGGGGCACUCAUUGUGAACCUGCGGCCCAACACCUUCUCACCCUCCCGACACCUGACUGUGUGCAUCAAGCCCUUCAGGGACUCCUCGGGGGCUAAUAUUUAUUUGGAAAAAACUGGAGAACUGAAGCUGCUGGUUCGGGAUGGAGACAGUGACGCUGGCCGGGUGCAGUGCUUCAGCCUGGAGCAGGGCGGCCUGUUUGUGGAGGCAACGCCCCAGCAGGACAUCAGCAGGAGGGCCACUGGCUUCCAGUAUGAGCUGAUGAGUGGGCGCCGGGCGCUGGACCUGCAUGUGCUGACCGCCUCCUGCCGUCCUUGCAGCAAUACUGAGGUCCUCCUUGCUGUCUGCACCAGUGACUUUGUUGUCCGAGGCUCCAUCCAGGAUGUCACCCACGCACCAGAACACCAGGAGUCUGUCAUCCACCUGCGGGUCAGCAGGCUCUACAGGCAGAAAAGCAGGGUCUUCCAGCUGGCUCCUGAAGGGAGUGGACACUGGCAGGGCCAUGUCACGACACUGCUGGAGUGUGGUGUGCGGCCAGGGCACGGGGACUUCCUCUUCACCGGCCACAUGCACUUCGGGAAGGCACAGCUUGGCUGUGCCCCUCGCUUCAGUGACUUCCAAAGGAUGUACAGGGAUGCGGAGGAGAGGGGGCUGAAUCCCUGUGAGAUUGGCACGGAGUGAUCGCCUCGGGGCCUGGGUGCUGCCCACCUUCUGAUGAGCUCCUGCUGGCCCUGGAGGUGGGGGGCUGGGAGCCGGGGCUGCAGGCCAGGUGCUGUUCUGGCCGGGCUGCCAGCUGUGGAGGUACAUGAGACUCCGAUCCCACGAGAUCCCAGCCACGGAUGCCCUGACUGAUUGACUGGAGAUGCUGUAAAAUGCAAAUUAAGUUAUUUUUUUUUUUUUGUAAAAAAAGAUUGUCCAUAGGAAACGUUCCUGUGUCUGAAGAUGCCUGCGUGUGCUGUUCAGGGCUGUGUUUUAAAAUCCCCUAAGCCCUUGCACUGGCCUGGGUGUCGGUGAGGGGACAGGUGGGUUGUGCAUGGUGGUCAGUGAGGCUUGCGAAGCCCACACUGUUAUUCUUUGACCAGAAUUUACGGGACCAAAUAUGUACGUCUCUUUUUGUUGUCUUGUUUUGUUUUUGCUUUUUGAAGAGCAAGCUGUUGUGCCAUGGGCUUCCCAGGCUGCAGACUGUGUCUGCUCCAGGGAAUAAAGACCAGAUCUGA